AUGCGCAUGCAAGCGUCUCGGCUGUGGUGUCGGGUCAACCCGUCCGCUCAUAGAUUAUGGCUAACUGGACGGCCACAAUCACUGGCGCUGAAUGCCCACCCCCGACGUCAUGACAUUUUCUCCGCACCAGCGCGGAAAAACCCCAAUUGGAACCGAGCUUUCUCGUCAACAGGCCCGAGAAGCUUCAUGAUAGAUGGUGAUUCCACAAUAUAUGCUCUCUCGACAGCGCCCGGGCGGGCAGCAAUCGCUGUUGUGCGGAUAUCAGGGCCAGCCUGCGUCCCAAUAUACAAAAGCAUUUGCCCAAAUACAGCUUUUCCGAAGCCUAGAUAUGCUGCCCUGCGCACUCUCUAUGACCCCAAGAAACCCCCAUCUCCGAGCACAGUCCUCGACGCCGGCGCCCUUGUCCUCUACUUCCCAUCCCCACGCACCGUAACAGGUGAAGAUAUUCUAGAAUUGCAUGUACACGGCGGUCCGGCAAUCACAAAGGCUGUUCUCUCUGCAAUUGCUUCGACAAACACAUCCGAAGUCUCUGUUCGCUAUGCCGAACCAGGCGAGUUCACCCGCCGAGCAUUCAUGAACGACCGUCUCAGUCUCCCGCAGAUCGAAGCGCUGGGUGAUACUUUGUCUGCAGAUACAGAACAGCAGCGACGGCUAGCUGUGCGCGGGUCCAGUGAUGCCCUAGUGCGCAGAUAUGAGACCUGGCGACAGGGCUUGCUUUAUGCGCGUGCCGAGCUGGAAGCCUUGAUUGAUUUUUCCGAAGAUCAGCACUUCGACGAAUCGAGUGAAGAGCUAGUCGGCUCUGUUUCUGGUCAGGUGCAAGCUUUGAAGACACAGAUUGGGUUCCAUAUUGGGAAUGCGUCGCGUGGGGAGUUACUCCGCAACGGAAUCCGUAUUGCUUUGCUGGGAGCGCCCAAUGCAGGCAAGAGCUCCUUGCUCAAUCGAGUCGUUGGAAAAGAGGCUGCUAUUGUGAGCACCGAACAAGGAACCACAAGAGAUAUCGUUGAUGUCGGCGUUGACAUUGGAGGGUGGUUCUGUAAGCUCGGGGACAUGGCGGGAAUCCGGGCCGAUGCAGGUGGGGAGGUCGUCAUUGGCGCCGUUGAGCAGGAGGGAAUACGAAGGGCCAGAGCCCGGGCGUUGGAAUCUGACGUCGUGAUUGUUGUUGUUUCAUUGGAAGACACUGCGACUGGUGCCCAGCUCUUCGUUGAACCCGAGGUCGUUGAUGCGGUGAAUGACUGCGUUGAGGCGGGCAAGUGUCUUGUUGUCGCGAUCAAUAAGUGCGACAAGCUGCAUACUGCCCUGGACGGUGAUGUACCACUCCCACUGUCCGAUCUCAUCCGGGGCAUCUUCCCGUCUAUCCCCGGGAACCGUAUCUUCGCCAUCUCCUGUGAGCAGGCUCAGCAGGGAGAAUCAAGCCUUAGCCCCGUGGAUCCAGGCAACCUACAAGCCUUCUUACGGGGUCUCAUGGCCACUUUUGAGCAGAUUGCUUCGCCACUCAGCAUGGAAGGUGACGGUAGUGAGAGGUAUGAUGUUUCUUAUUGGGAAGAUUCUCUUGGUGUUACACAUCGCCAAAGUUCUAAUUUACAAAAAUGCCUCGACCAUCUUGAUGACUUCCUGUCCAAAGCUGCAUCUCCAGCUAGUUCUGACUCCGAGGACCAAUUCGGCAUUGAUGCCGGCGUCGAUGUUGAUAUUGUUCUUGCUGCAGAACAUCUGCGCUUUGCGGCCGAUAUGCUGGCCAAGAUCACGGGCAAGGGCGAGAGCAGCGAUGUUGAGGAUGUUUUGGGUGUCGUCUUCGAGAAGUUUUGCGUUGGCAAAUGA